GACUCUCGACUACGAAGCAUUUUGCAUUUUUCGUUGUGUGGUUGUUUUUCAAACACGCGUGGUUACGAUUAGCUAGUUUAUUAAUAAUUGUUAUUUUAAUAAUUCGAAUGAAUUCACAAUUGCCAUCUUUGUAUGAUAGUAUAUUUAUCAAGUAACAGUAGUUAUAGAUAAUAGUUAUCCUGUAAACAUUUUAGUAGUUUUGUUUUGAGGUUAGCUGAUCAAUGAGCGUUAUUCUGUUGUAGUCUAUAGUUUUUAGAUUAAUUUGUAAUUUUUCCAGGCAUAACAAUGUCUAAAUUCAAGGUACAAAAGAAAAAACAGAUUCGUAUCAUUGAAAAAGAUAUUGAGCUUGUCAAAUUUCUUAGCAGCAAUAAUGUAAACGAGAGAAAUAAAGCGCUGAAGAAAACCAAGAGGGUUUUAGAAUAUCGGUCUCAAAUGAAGGAUUGCGAUUUCACUGCAUCUGAAGCAAGAGUUCUAUGGAAAGGACUUUUCUACUGUCUAUGGAUGGCUGACAAACCCUUAUAUCAGGAACAAGUAGCAGAGAACAUCAGCCAACUAGUUCACUGUUUCACGAAGCUUGAAGACGCGCUAACGUUCGUGGAGGCGUUCUUCUGGACGAUGUCGCAGGAGUGGCUGGGCAUCGACCAGCUCCGCAUGGACAAGUGUCUGAUGCUGGUGCGGCGAGUCGUGCGACAGAGCAUGCAUAGUGUGCGGCGACAGAGCAACUGGGGUGCGGCGGCCGUCGACCGUCUCACCGCCUGCUAUGCGCGUGUGCUGGCCAAAAGUCAGAAGGGACUUGUCAUGCAGUUGGCUGAACUUUAUCUUACUGAGUUGGCUAAGGUUAGCGAAGGGAAACUGUCGUCAGAGCAAGUGUUCGAACUUGUGAAGCCAUUCGCAAAGUACUUUGUGACACUCAGUGAGGGUACGCUCAUCUCUCACAUAAUUGUGCCGAUAUUUCUCCGGCUAAUUGAACAAACUGAUAUUGGAAUCGAACAUCAAUUAAAAUGGGAGGCUUGGAGAGAUAGAGGAUUCCCGGGCGGCUCCAUCGAUGUGAUGGAGAGAGCCGAUGCGGAUGACGAAGAAGAAGAAGAUGGAGAAGAAGGUGUUAAUGGUCACGAAGAAGAAGAGGAGGAGGUGGAGGAGGAGAAGGAGGAGGAAGAUAGUGAUGAGGAGGAAGGAGGAGAAAGGGCUCUGGAUCCUCGGGCCGGUCGUGUGAACGUUGAACUGCCAACUCUCAACAUUGACCCUAGAAUGUUUGUCAAACUGUUCAGCGAGUUGAAAGCCAGCAAAGAUAUUUCGCAGCUGGCACGCAAUCAGCUGACGGUGCUCAUCAGGAAAUACACAACACUGGCCGAUGGCAAAUUCCCGCUCGGAAUGCAAAGGGUAGAACUACCCCCAAAAACCAACUGGAAAAACUUCACACUGUCGGCCGCUAAGAAGCUCACUGCGGAUAUGCUUGAUGACGAAUUGUCCAAGGUGACCAGUCUGCGCCAGGAGUUGGACGAAGCGGAGCAGCUGGAAGUUGAGACUCCGGUGGGCAGGUGGUCGGUGCAGGUGGCCGACAGUCGUGCCAAUCGGAAACGCAGGAGGAAUAUGAUGCGGAAGGCCGCCAAGCAGGGAGGAGGGGGUGCUAUCAAGUGGGUCACCACUGACACCAAGCCGACAGCACAGCUAAAUGGAGACUGUGCGCUGGGUGCCGAAGGAGAUUGUGAGAUUGAUGACGAAUCUUUCACGAUAUCGACGCAAAAGGUCGAAAAGAAAAGGAAGAGGAAACGAAAGUCGCUUACAGCUGACGAAGGUGGAAGUGGGAAAACGAAAAAGAAGAAAGACGAAGUACUGUGCAAUGGAGGAAUAGCGGAGAAUGAGACCAGUAAAGAAUUGAGGAUAAACGGAGGAGGAGGAGGAGGCGAGUGGAGAGCAAAGAAUGACGAUGAUUGGGGAAAGGACCUGGAUGAGGGGGAGGUUGAGAUAUUCAUUCCAAACAAAAAGUAUGUGGCGAAACAAAAGAAGCUGGGACUGCCUGUGCCAAAGUCAGAGGUGAUUCAGUCAGCGAGCAGCAAUAAUACUCCAUCACCGAGAAAAUCAUUGAGUGGUAAAGAGAAGAAAGUCUUUUUCGUGUUGACAAGGAACAAGAGUCAAGAUACAGAGGAGUACCAGAAAACACUACAAACUAAGCCUGAAAUACCAUAUAAGCCAGAGAAGCAACCUGAACAUCCCAUCUUUAAAGACACUGGCAUCAAGAGUCCAAUAAAUCCAUUUUAUAAACGUUUAGGCUACAAAGAUUGACGAGUUUUAUGUAACAUAACUUUUUAAUAAACUAUCGUUAUAUAUUUUAUUA